CCCGGUGUCCGCGGGCGGCAUGAGGAGAGCCGGGGGCGGCUGCCGGGGCCGCCAUGUCGCUGCUGUGCGUGCGAGUAAAAAAAGCUAAACUCCAUGGACCACCAGAUAAAUUCAAUACGUAUGUGACACUGAAGGUGCAAAAUGUGAAGAGCACGACGGUGGCCGUGCGCGGUGACCAACCCUGCUGGGAACAGGACUUUAUGUUUGAGAUCAGCCGACUAGACCUGGGACUAAUUGUUGAAGUAUGGAACAAAGGACUGAUCUGGGAUACCCUGGUUGGGACCGUUUGGAUUGCUCUGAAGGCCAUUCACCAAUCUGAUGAGGAAGGUCCUGGGGAAUGGUCUACGCUGGAGGCAGAAGUUGUAAUGAAACAUGAUGAGAUCUGUGGAACCAAAAACCCAACUCCUCAUAAAAUUUUGCUGGACACAAGAUUUGAAUUACCUUUUGAUAUUCCUGAGGAAGAGGCCAGGUAUUGGACCAGAAAAUUGGAACAAAUAAAUUCACUGGGAGAUGAUGAGUAUUCCUUUCAGGAGGAAGUCCAGAAGAAACCAUUGCCCAAUGCUGCCUCCCAGUGUUCCUUUGAAGACGCUGACAGUGCUGUGGAUGACCGGGACAGCGACUACCGCAGUGAGACCAGCAACAGCAUCCCCCCUCCGUACCACACCACGGCCCAGCCCAACGCCUCCGUGCACCAGUUCACGGUACCCUCGCGCCUGCAGCAGCAAGGGGUCCUGCGGGAUUCCUGUGCUGACUCCCUGCAAAACUAUGAUCUGGAUUAUCGGGAGCAGGUGGCCAUCAGACAAGGAUCUCUAGCUAGAAAUGAAAGAGUCAGGAUCAUUCCAUUUAACUCUGAAGAUGGAGAAGAAGAACAGGAGAGUAACUAUGAAGAGCUAGGAAAAUUGCUAAUAGAGGAAUUCUUAGAAAAA